CCCUGACAACAAUAGGCUGACAACCCUUGUCAUUUCAAAAAAUGAAUCAAAAUUAGUAAAAUUUAAAAUUUAGCAUCCGUGCCGAGUAUAUUCGUUCAAAACUGAGGAUCCAGGAUUUGUAUAAGCUGACCGACCCCUUCACACAAUUUCCGUAUAUUUUGUAAGUUCAAGACGAGCAAAAUUCCAAAGAAAAGAUAUCGAAAUAUAUUAGUACGCGAGUUCCGGGCAAUUUAUUUAAGUGUGACCAUGACAGACAACAUGUGCAUAUUUUGCUUAGACGAACAGCGAUUGCCCCAUCGCAUACCCUGCGGACACUCGUUCUGCGCGGAAUGCUUUGAGCGCUACUUGCAGGUGGGACUCGACACUCGCUGCCCCUUGUGCCGGCAGGACUUUCGACCCCAUGCCCAGGGAGAGCCUCUCGAUCAUGCUGCCAACACUGAGCAGUACCCUUUGGACGAGGAUGACCUGACCAUGGAACUGAUUGAAGACUUUGGGUCCCUUUCCAGCAGUGACACUCUGCAGAGCGACACUCUGUUGCUGACGCUCACGGAGCAGGAGUGUCGGUUCUUCGACGAGCUAUACAGGGAGGCGCAAAUGGAGGACGGACGGCGAAUUUCGAGAUCUCUGUAAUAGAUCUCUGAUAGCAACUCUGUUACCGAACUUCACGGCGCAGAAAUGGAGCCUUUCAGGGACCCCUUCAGGUCCUGGAAGCUGAAGGAAGAAAGCGAAAAUGGCGCUUAUUUGAGGUACGGAAUCUGUACUCUACAGGGAGAUGCAGCUAGAGGAAGGGCAAGGAAGUCGUGCCCCUGGUAGAACUGUGAUUUCUGUUUUUUUUUUUUUUCAAUCCCAAUUAUUCUUAAUUUAAGUAGCAUUUUAUGUUUAUUGCCAAUAAAGAUAUUCUAUGAA